AAGGCUUAUUCGCUGAUGGUAAUUCGAGCAGGUGUUCAUUCGACUUGCACGUGCACCCCGUUGUCCUGUAAUUAACAGACAAUUUUCCUAUCGACUGCAAAACCGUAAUCUAUAUGACACUAACGACUAAAGGCCUAUAUUGAUUUACAAUGGAUGAAAAUGGCAACAUGCAGGUGGUUUUGACCAUCCUGUUAUUUUGCUGCGCCUGGGAUGAAGUCGCUGGAAUAUGUAAUGUGAUUCAGUGCACCAAUGAAACUAGGUGUUUGAUGUCCCAAGACAAACAAAUCUGCAAAUGCAAGACGGGUUAUUAUGGUGACUUGUGUGACAAAAAAGUAGACAUUAAAGUUAUGUGUGGCAAAGACUUCAUCACUGUCUUGGUGAUAGAAGAAUUCUUUCAAUACUAUAAAGUCCCUCUGGAAUCCCUUCACCUGCCCAACGCGUCUUGUGCAGCUCAAAGAACGAUUGUGCUGGGAGUUCCCUAUUACGUUGUCCGGACAACUGAGGACCAGUACUUGUCCUGUGGUGGAGAACCACUAGAGAAAAACGCCACUCACAUAUCGUACUCCUUGACCCUCAUUUCCUCCCCUCAAGUCGUUGGAAACAUUAUCCGAGAGCCCUUCAUCAAUAUAGUGUACACCUGCAUCUACCCUUUCAGGCACGCCGUCAGCCUCGCACACCCAGUCAGCCCCUAUUCCAGGGAAACGUUGGUGCACAUUAAGGAACAGGAGGCUAAAGUGGAGAUGCUUGUAUACACGGACCACACGUACACAAAUCCCUUUCAAAGCACUCCCGUGGUGCACCUCAGAGACAAGGUGUACGUGGAGGUGAAAGUGACCGAUCCAGAAGACGUCUUCCUUCUGCGGUUGAACGAGUGCUGGGUCACCCAGGACUUGGAGCCCAACAGCACCGGAUCUAUUCAUACCCUUUUAGACAAUGGGUGUAUGAAAGACGAGACGGCAACCUUCUUGAGUGUAACCCCUGAGCAGACUGGCAGCAACGGGCAGAGCUCUAAUAUCCGAUACAGCUUUGACAUGUUCCGCUUCACAUUUGAACCUCACGACCUCUUCCUCCACUGCGUCGUACACUUAUGUUCCCCUGAUGACGAAAAGCCCUGCAUCCCUGAGUGCAAAACUAUCACCAAGAGGGAAGCAGUGCUGGGAGAUCCCAGUCAAGGCCUACUGUCAUACGGGCCGAUUAAACUCAAGAUGCCUGAGCAUCUUAAAUCUGACUUGUUAAUGACUACUGUGCUGCCAAUGGCUGGGAUUUGGAUCCUCGGCAUCUUCCUCGUCAUCAUCAUCUCCAUUGCCAGGGCAGGCAACCGCAGACUUGCACGCUCACACCACAACGACCUGAAUUGA